AUGAUACAUCCCACAACUCUCUCUCUUUUCAAUUUUUCUCUUUUCUCUCUCUCUCUCUCUCUCUCUCUCUUUUCUGUUUCUCUUCCUCUUUCUUUUCCUCUUUUCUCUCUUUUUUCCUCUCUCUUUCUCUCUUUUUUCCUCUCUCUUUUCCUCUCUUUCUCUCUUUUUUCCUCUCUCUUUUUUCUCUCUUUUUCUCUCUUUUUCUUUUCUCUCUUUCUUUUUUCUCUCUUUCUUUUCUCUCUCUUCCUUUUUCUCUCUCUUCUUUUUCUCUCUCUUCCUUUUCUCUCUCUUCCUUUUUCUCUCUUUUCUUUUUCUCUCUCUUCCUUUUCUCUCUCUUUUCUUUUCUCUCUCUUCCUUUUUCUCUCUUCUUUUUUUUCUCUCUUCCUUUUUCUCUCUCUUCCUUUUCUCUCUUUCCUUUUUCUCUCUUUCCUUUUCUCUCUCUUUUUCCUUUUUCUCUCUUUUUUUUCUCUCUCUUCCUUUUCUCUCUCUUCCUUUUCUCUCUUUUUCUCUUUUUUUCUCUCUUUUCUUUCUCUCUCCUUUUCUCUCUUUCUUUUUUUCUCUCUUCCUUUUUCUUUUUCCUUUUUUUCUCUUUCUUCCUUUCUUUUUUCUCUUUCUUCCUUUUUCUCUCUUUCUUUUUCUCUUUUUUCUCUUUCUUUUUUUCUCUUUUCUUUUUUUUUUUUUUUUUUUUCUUUUCUUUUUUUCUCUUUUCUUUUUUUUCUCUUUUCUUUCUCUUCUCUUUUUUUUCUCUUCUCUUUUUUUUCUCUUCUCUUUUUUCUUCUUUUUUCUCUUUUUCUUUCUCUUUUCUCUCACUUUCUCUUUUCUUUCUUUUUCCUAUUCUUUUUUUUCUCUCUCUGUCUCUUCCUCUCUCUCUCUCUCUCUAAUUUUUAUCUACCUAGGAAAGAAAUUUUUGUCGGAAUCGGUCAAAAUACUAAUGAAGCUGGUGCCAUUGCAGUGGCCAACCUCUUUGAAGAUUACUCAGUCAUUUCACUCUCGCUGCCAGGGAGCCUGCAUCUGAAGAACUUAAUUUCUAUGGCUGGCAAAGGCGUCAUUGUCAUAGGUAAUAGCUCAGAAUCCAAGCACCUCUUCCAGCAAAUAAAGGAAAAAACCAGUUGCCAAUAUUACAAGAUAGAAUUUGACAGUGAUGUACCUGCUAAUAUGCUCUAUGUGAAUGGGCGUUUAAUCCAUCGUACUAGAGAUGAAAUUGGAGCUGCUAACUGCAGUAUUCUCGAUGAGAAGAUCAUGUAUACCCGACAUGAAGUAGACCUCCAUGAGAAUGACAAGUUGAACCGGACCCUUAGUAGCAUGUGCCUGCUAGUUGGCAGAAAUAAAUUCCAGAGACAGCUUAUAUCAGAUAUCACUGAAGACGACAUCAACAAUUACUCAACGUUAACAAGGAAACCCAAGUCCGACUAUUAUUACAAAUAG